AUGAUUUCUAAGAAUGAAGAGAGUUUUACAGACAAUGUACAAUCUGAAAAAAAAUACUAUGAAAGUGACGAGGAUAUUCAACCAUUAAAGGUAUUUCUUUUAAAUUACCAAAAGGUAGGAGAUAUCAUUUAGAAUCGAUUUUUAAUAAGUCAAAAAAUUGGGGAGGGUUCAUUUGGUAGUGUCUUUAAAGUUCUUGAUAGAAAGAAUAAUAAUGCCUAAUGGGCGAUGAAAGUUGAAGCAGAUGAAGAUGAAAGUAGUUUGCUAGAAAGAGAAAUAAAAGUUCUAAUUGAAUUAAGGUAAAAAGUAAAUGUUCAAUUUUAGAAAAUAGUAAGGUUUUCCGCAAAUUAAAUUUUAUGGAUAAGAAAGAGGAUAUACUUAUUGCAUUAUGACAAUGUUGGGAAAAAACUUAGAAUAAAUUUUUAGAAAAUUAGGAGGAGUGCUGAAUUUAGCCACUGUAUUAAGACUAGCCAUUUAAGUAUACAAACUAAAAUGAUAUUAGUUCAACAGAUGAUA